AUGUCAUCGUCUGAUACUGGAACUUCGGGCCAGAAACGACAGCGCGUGAGCCGCGCAUGCGAUUUAUGCCGUCGCAAAAAGAUCAAGUGCGAUGGAGGAACACCUAUAUGUGGCAACUGUCAAGCCUUCAACUUGGAGUGUAGCUACAAGGAUAUGACAAAAAAGCGAGGACCUCCAAAAGGAUACAUCGAGGCUGUUGAAAGCCGUUUGCACAAGCUGGAAGCAUUUCUACGAGAUAUGGCCAAAAACGACAAUAGCGACAAGUGCAAGGAACUGUUGGAUGAGUUGAAUUCACCAUUGGAAACAGCAUCUGGGCAGAUAAUCAAUAAUCGACCUGUGCGAAGGGCCAAAGACAAUGAACCUAGCAAUAGCAACAAACAGCAGCAGCAGCCACAACAGCAACAACAACAGCAUCAGCAUCAGCAUCAACUAUCAUCCAUGUCCCCAAAAGAGUCACCGAUGUCUCUAUCGCAAAUUUGUUUUUCCGAAUCUACGAUGGCCAGCAAUAGCAGUAAUUCUUCAACUCCGGGAUCACCUGGUGACAGUAGCACAGGGCAAUUGACCAUGGAAGAGAAUGGCCAAGUACGCUAUCUCGGCAAAUCAUCUGGAUACUACCUUGUACAGAAGAGCAGAGCAUAUCAAAAUGGUGCAUUCCAUUUCUCAGGAUGGGGUCAUAAGUUCUCUACUUGUGAACGACCGCCCGUACGCAAGUCAUUGGAUCCAUAUGAAUUGCCACCAAAGGAUCUUUCUCAUCAUCUACUCAACAAGUACUUUGAGUACUUUUAUCCAUCGCUGCCAUUGUUUUACAAGAAACGGCUCACUUCUUCACUCAAUUCACCGCUCGAACCUAUUUCACCACUCUUACUCAAUGCCAUUUACGCUGUCGCUUCUCGAAUAUCACCCGAUGUGAGAACACGCUCGGAUCCCAGUGCUCCAGAUACAGCGGGUGAAAUCUUUUUUGAACGUGCUCGAAGCUUGUUGGAUGAUUACUAUGAUGUGCCACGCAUUUCAACUGUACAGGCAUUGUUGCUCUUGGCCAUACAUCAACAUGGUACAAUGAAGUACGCACGUGGUUGGUUAUACAGUGGAAUGGCCUUUCGCAUGGCUCUCGAUCUUGGUCUACACCGCAACUGUGAUCAUUGGAAUGUUCCACCAGAUGAACGUGAACGAAGGAAACGGGUCUUUUGGUGUUGUUUUAUCAUGGAUCGCCUCACCAGUGCUAUUUAUGGUCGAUCAUCAAGCUUUGAAGAACGAGAUUGCGAUGUACCUUUUCCAUCUGAGGACGACGACGACGACGAUAACAGCAAUGACGAUGAUGACAAUGUGACGGAGAAGCAGCCCAAAGUACUUGAGACCUUUGUCCAAUUCAUCAAGAUAUGUGACAUUUUAGGUCAUGUUCUACGCAAUGUUUAUUAUGCAAAAGCACGUCAUCAAGAAUCAGCUCAACAUCUUGAACACGUGUUGACCAAACUCAACCGGGAAUUGACUCACUGGUACAAUGGAUUACCACCAUCAUUACAAUACCGAUUACCAGACACUGAAUAUGGAGAGACGGGGCGAGCACCACCCUUGGCUGUAGCACAGAUAUACAUGGUUUAUUACACUACCGUUAUUCUUUUACAUCGACCUUUCAUUCCUGGGCCAGGGCAUGCUGCUGCAUCGGGAUCACCAGCAUCGCUUCCUUCGUACAAGAUUUGUAUUUCAGCAGCCAAUUCGAUUCUUGAUAUUGUCAAUGUCAUGUUGGCCGAGCAACAACUUCGUCAUGUAUUCAACUUUGCUGUGUAUUGCGUCUUUACAGCUGGUAUUGUUUUUAUCAAGAUGGCUGCUUCUGAUGAUGCUGCAAAGGCGUUUGAUGCCAAGGUCUACAUCAACAAGAUUAUGCGUGCAUUGGAUGAAAUUGAAGACACAUGGAUGAAUGCUGCUCGUUGUUGUAAUAUUCUCGGUGAAUUGGCAGGGCUACGUGAAAUCAACCUUGAGUGUGAUGAAUACGUCCCACGACGUGGAAGUCAAAGCGACCACCAACCACAACCAGCGAUUGCAGUACCCAAUUCACCAGAGCAUGAGGAUGAUAGCACAGACCCACAAGACUUUCAAGGGCGAGGGACACCUAGUAUGGAUCCAUUUGCUGCACCCAACAUGGUUCGCAACUUGCAUCAACAACCGUAUGACCCAUUUCAUACAGCGUUUUGGGGAGUACCACCGUCACUGGAUGUCCAUGAAUGGAAUAACUACUUGAACAACACCACAACUACCACUGCCACUACCACUCAAACUGAUGAUGAUCAUGACAACACAUCUCGUCCUGCUAUUUCAGCCACGCACCCACUGAUUCCGUCACAUGAAUUCUCUCCUAUGCAUCCACUACGCACACCUUUGAUCAACCAAUUCCAUUUUACACAUCAACGAGGGUCUCGAGAUAAUCCAUUAUCAUCAAUGUCUCUGGACAUGCCUUCUGAAAAUAGUGUACUACUUGGUCUACUCACGCAGUCAGAGGGUAAUCAUACACAAGAACAGGAGCAGGAAGAAAAUUGA